UAUACAUCCGGGUAUUUGUCUAUAAAAACCAGGUAAAUUUUUGCAUGUUAUUAAAUGAAGUGAUUUUUAUAGUAACUUCAAAACUAACUAAAGAUGGCAUUCUAUAUUCUUGUUUCACUUUUUUUUCCUUUCUUGCAUGAAGAUAAAUCAAAUAUAUGGUGAGUGUGAAACAGUUUUUGAAAAUGCAGCAAAGCAACCUUGUCCGGCCGGACAAAGAGAUGAUGGUACAAGCUGUUGGCUAGAUUCCUAUGGUAGAGGAGUAGGUCGAAUCCCUGAUAAAACCCCGUGUCCUUCUGGACUACGAGACGACGGAUCAAGCUGCUGGAAUGAUGCUCACGUUUAUGGUAAAGGUUGCUGUUGCACACUAUGGGGUUGUUGCCACAAAUGCAGAAGUGGUUACCAUGAUGAUGGAUGUACAUGCCGAAAAACUGGUGUUGGUAUUAAGGUUUCAUUGAUGCAAAGACAACACUGUAAAAGUAAUGAGGACAAAUACGGUGCAUUAUGCUACCCUAAAUGUAAACAAGGCUUCCAUAAUAUUGGCUGUUGCAUCUGCGAACCGACUGGAGGUCCUAGAGUAACCAAAGCAUAUGAAGAUCGACUUUUUUGCAAAGGG